GAAGAGCUGAUGAUCAAUUCCCUUAAAGGGCGGGUGAUGUGCGUGUGUGACUCUUUCAUCUGUGCCGGGAUCUCCCUGUGGCGCGUAAUACAACGUGAUUAUGGCAACAUUGACAGGGACAACACCAAAGCAAACCUGAUGCCAGCAUUGGACUUUUUCUAUUAUCUAGUUCUCUGUCAAGGUGCACUCUCCUUUUUAUGGUGUAUAUCUGCCUUUAGACCGGUGGUUGCACGCUUUAAAGCUCCACUCCUACGAGUAUGCGAGUUCCCAGAGAUAUGGGGUGGCACAUCAGUUCAAGGGUACCUGUCUGACACCCGUGAUAAAUUCUUGCGGAACCCUGAAACAUCCACUCAGGAUAGUAGAUUGGUCAAGUACGCAGUCCAUUUGCUGGACUCUGAAUCAUCGCAAGAAGACUACCUCUCAGGAGCAAGGAUGCUGGAUGUGUUCAUCAAGGUGCACCUAAUGGAUGUAAGGCCACUUAUACUCCCCUCGAGCCAAAAGGUUCAAAAGCUGAUGGAUACACUUAGGUGGAGUAGCAGUGACAGAGAGAUUAAGGAGCUCGCUGCUAGGAUAUUGGCACAUCUUGCCUGUCACAUCGAUCUAACACAGUUCCCUGGGGCAAUACGGUGCAUAUCCUCCCUACUCAGUUCCACCACCCAGCUGCCAUAUUGGAAUAACGACCAACAAGGAUCUUGUAAUCAGUCACCUCAAGGUGCAGGGGACAGCCAAGAAGAUCGCUGGAAUGAGUUGAUUCUGCAAGGCCUAACAAUUCUGGAGAGGCUGGCGUCUGACCAACACAACUGCAGGGACAUAUGCAGCAGCCCUGAUCUAAUCGCCAAGAUCAUGUCACCUAUCUGCUCUGAAACACUAAUCCAAGAUAUCAACAUAAUGCCGGCAUGGCAAGAUGUAGUAAAUGGAGCCUACAGAGUGGUGCACCGACUCAUCCGUGCUCCCGAGUGGACUGGUGGCAGAAGGCUGGCCCAUGAAAUCUCCUCUAGUGAGCGGGCUGUGAGCAACCUGGAGAGGAUUCUUCAUCAGGGCAACACAGGUAGCCAACAACUGCAGAUGCGAGCUAUGGAGAUACUGGCAGAAUUGGCUUUGGAUUCGUCCGCUAACCUCGCCAUGGAAACAAAGGAAAAUCUGAUGAGCAAGCAGCUGCAAAUCUUCCUUAAUGAAGGGACAGGAGAAGACCUUAAGGUUAUGGCUGGGAAAACACUACUGGCAUUACUAUCCAAGACUACAAGAGCUAUAUCCGUGGUGUGUAUAAUGCGCAAAUACAAUCCCAUUGUUGAUCAAGUCACUGAAAUGCUUGAUGCUAAGAACAAGGCCAUAUACAGAACAAUAGCAGCUGAGAUCUUGGAGAAUUUUUUUGCUCUACAUACGAUGGACAAGAAUCAUGUGAAGAAUACCUUGCUGCCAAAGGUGCUGGCAGAAGUUUUAACCAGUAAAAAGAAGCCGCCAUCAGAAGCACCGGAAAGGCAGGCAUCCAAAGGAUCAGGAGAUAUUGAAGAAAAUCCACUUCAAGACGACGAAGAAAAUCAACACCUGGAACAUAAUGUCCAGAUCAAUUCAUCCGAGCAAAAUGAGACGCAGGCAGCCAUGGUGGAAUUGAAGGAAGCAUUGUUAUCCCUUACUUCGGUGAUAUUUGACAAGCUGAUAAUCAGUGCAGAGGAUUUUGACGAAGUGGCUCAAAAGGUUGCCCCAGGAGAAGGUGAAUUUGUGGCGAAGCUCAAGACUAUAGUAGAAGAGAACUGCGACGCCACGGCUAAUAGCCUAAGAAUCGUCAAGCUUUGCGGUCAGAUUGCGGUUACAAUGAUGCGGCGCAGCCAGUACAACACACACUUCAAGGAUCAGAAAUUCGUGGAGACAUUGUCUAAGGCUUCAAGAAUCACGUGUAACCUUGAAACCUGCAUGCUCUUCGCUGGGACAGAUUGUGGCGCCAAGAAGACUGCCAGGCCCCUCCUCUCAGAUCUUGUGAAAGAGGCAGAAGCGUUGGUUGCUUAAAAAUGUAAUUGUGAUUUCUACCAUUUGAUGCCUUAUUUCUCAGAUCAAAUAAUCAUGUUUCCAGCUCUUGGAAUCAUGGAACUUGGCUUGUUUCAUUUAUCAAACAAGAUUGUGUUGCUGGAAUUGUACCAAAAUGUUUUUUUACAGAGAGAAUUGUUCCCAUUUUA